GUCACCCUUUCUCUCCUUCCCGCCUCCAAUCCCAGGAAAAGGGCGCCAAAAUCUCCCUCCCGCUGCCCAAAAUCCCCAAAGCUACCCAAACCCUAGCUCCUCGUCUAAGCUCCGAUCGGACGAGAGCUCGAGGCGAAGGUGGAAGAAACCCUAGAGGGAUCUAGGUAGCGGCGGAGGAUGAAGGGAGGGACGGUUCAGAUCAAUUGGCACGACGCCCACCCGGUCCUAACCCUAGAUUUCCACCCGAAGUCUCGGGUUCUCGCCACCGGGGGAAGCGAUCACGAUAUCAAGAUAUGGUCUAUAGCUUCAGAAGAAUCAGAGAAGAAACUUCCAACAGCUUCCUAUCAAAACAGCCUUUCAUACCAUACUUCUGCUGUAAAUGCACUCCGAUUCUCCCCAUCUGGAGAAUACCUUGCAUCUGGUGCCGAUGGAGGUGAAUUAGUCCUCUGGAAACUACAUUCAACAGAUGAUGGCCAUACAUGGAAAGUACUCAAGUCAUUAUUAUUUCAUCGGAAGGAUGUUCUUGACCUUCAGUGGUCUGCUGAUGCUGCUUACCUCAUUUCUGGUUCAGUUGAUAACUCUUGCAUAAUAUGGGAUGUUAAUAAAGGUUCAGUCCAUCAAAUUUUAGAUGCCCAUUUGCAUUAUGUUCAGGGUGUUGCCUGGGAUCCUUUGGAUCAGUAUGUUGCUUCACUUAGCUCAGAUAGGACUUUACGGGUAUAUGCAAAUAAGCCUCAAGCCAAAUCAAAAGGCUUUGAGAAAAUCAACUUCAUGUGCCAAUAUACACUGACAAAGUUUGAGCCCCAAAAUAUUGAUGAUUCAAAGCAUCUGCCACCUAAAACUCAUUUGUUUCAUGAUGAAACAUUGCCUUCCUUCUUCCGGCGAUUGGCAUGGUCGCCUGAUGGAUCAUUUUUGGUAGUCCCGGCAGGUACAGGUAUAUACAAAUGUUCUUCUGCAUCGGAAGCAUUUAACACUGCUUAUAUACUGUCUAGGAGAGAUCUUUCAAGGCCUGCGGUACAACUCCCAGGUGCUAACAAACCCAUUGUGGCUGUUCGAUUCUGCCCUGUUCUUUUCAAUCUACGAGGUUCCAAAUCAGAUGGUUUCUUUAAGCUUCCUUAUAGAGUGAUUUUUUCUGUGGCUACUUUGAAUUCUCUCUACAUUUACGAUACCGAAAGCUCCCUCCCAAUAGCAGUGUUUGGUGGACUUCACUAUGCAGCCAUCACAGAUAUCACUUGGUCGUCUGACGCGAAGCACCUUGCAUUGUCGUCACGAGAUGGGUAUUGUACUAUUAUAGAAUUUGAGAAUGACGAGCUUGGACAGACUUAUACGAUCUCAGAUGAAAAGAAAUCUGUGGAAGGGAAUGCAAAUAUGAGCAGCCUGAAGCCUGAAAUGGUGGACAAUAUGGAAGUCGACAAGGAAGAUAUUGGGCGCAAAGUCGACAAGGAGACAGAUUCAAAGGCCGGGGAAGGAACACAACCAUCAUCAACGUCAACCAAGAACUCCGCACCGAAUAAGCCUACCAAGAAGAGAAUUACCCCUAUAGCCAUCAAUUAAGAGCUGGAAGUUGAAUGCUUUGCGGAAUUGAUGUAAAUUUUAGUUUCUUCAUCCCUACGUAUAUUUUGGAAAAAAAUUUAUAUAUGGGGAGCCUCCCACUAAUAGACGGUUUAGUCGGCCGUUCGACACAACGAAUCGUAAAGCAAUGAUAUUGUUGAUUAGACCGAUUCUCUGCGGGGAGAUUUGUCACAAUGUUUUUGUUCGUAUCCCUCUGUUGGGUUCUUCUUGUGCA